AUGAUUCCCUUCAUACACAAACCGUUCGUCUACCUGUCAGGCGUUAUUGGCGCUGGACCAGAUGAGCUUAAGCUCAUCUUCUCCAUGCUGCUCUCCUACCCCCUGACUGCCCUACUCAAGCGCAUCCCCGACUCCCGCCCUGACCUCAAGAACCUUUUCAGCGUGAGCGUGUCCAUCUUCUACCUCGUCGGGCUCUUCGACCUCUGGGAUGGCCUGCGCACCCUCCUCAUCUCCGCCGUCGGCGCCUAUGCCAUCGCCAAGUUCCUGCGCCGCUCGCCCUACAUGCCCUGGAUUGCCUUCGUCUUCCUCAUGGGCCACAUGAGCGUCAGCCACAUCGCCCGCCAGCGCGCUAACAACCCACGCUCGGUCGAUGUGACUGGCGCCCAGAUGGUCAUGGUCAUGAAGCUGUCCGCCUUCGCCUGGAACGUAGCUGAUGGCGUGCUACCUGAGGAAUACCUUUCUGACUUCCAGAAGGACCGUCGUCUGACUGAGCUGCCGUCUCUGCUUGACUACGCAGGCUUCGUCUUCUUCUUCCCUUCGCUGCUCGUCGGUCCGGCCUUUGACUUUGCCGAGUACCGUCGCUGGCUGGAUACUUCCAUGUUCGACGUGCCUGCCAACAUCGACCCCUCCAAGCGCCCGCGGACUCGCAAAAAGCGUCGCAUCCCCCGCAGCGGUACCCCCGCUGUUCUUAAGCUCUUGACAGCUCUGGUCUGGAUCUUUUCUUUCCUGAAGCUGAGCGCCUACUUCCCGCCACAGCACCUGCUGUCCGACAAGUACAUGACCUACGGUUUCCUGCGCCGCUUGCUGGUGUUGCAUCUCGUUGGAUUUACCGCCCGUACAAAGUACUAUGGCGUCUGGACCCUGUCUGAGGGCGCCUGCAUCCUGGCUGGAUUGGGCUACAACGGCGUUGACCCCGUCACUGGUAAGGUGUCGUGGAACCGGCUGCAGAACAUCAACCCGUGGGGUGUUGAGACGGCGCAGAACACGCGCGCCUACCUGGAUAACUGGAACAUCAACACCAGCAAGUGGCUGCGCAACUAUGUGUAUCUGCGCGUCACGCCGCGGGGCAAAAAGCCCGGUUUCCGUGCUAGCCUGGCGACUUUUACGACGAGCGCCUUCUGGCAUGGCUUCUAUCCAGGCUACUAUAUGGCCUUCGUCCUGGCUAGCUUCAUCCAGACCGUUGCGAAGAACCUCCGGCGUCACUUCCGCCCCUUCUUCCUCCACCCGACCACCCAACAACCUCUCCCCUCCAAACGCUACUACGACCUGGCCUCCUGGCUCACCACUCAACUCACCUUCUCCUUCGCCGCGGCGCCCUUCAUGCUCCUUGGCUUCAAUGACUCCCUUAUUGCCUGGAAGCGUGUCUACUUCUACGCCAUUGUUGGUACCUUCUCGCUGCUGGCUAUGUUUAUGACGCCUGGUGUGAAGAAGAGCCUAAGGAAGGCGUUGGAAAAGAGGCAGCGUGCUUUCGCCAUCCCUGCUGGUGAGAAGAAAGAGGAGGAGGAGAAGAAGAAGGAGAAGAAGGGAGGUGAGGAUAUGGUCCGCUCACCGUCGUCGAGCGAUGAGAAUGGUGGUCCAGUUGGGUUGGGAGUCAGUGACGAUAUUGAGAGAGACCUGGAUGAGGCGGUUGGGGAGUUGAAGGCCGAGGUCGAGAGCGCGGUGAGGCAGAGGCGAACUGGUGCCACCACGCUCCGGAGGGGGUAG